ACGUCAACCCGACAAUCCGACAUCACGACAUUUUAACCCGACAAUACGACAUUUUUACGCAACAUUACGACAUUGUUAAUGCCGUGGUGUCGGGUGAAAUAGUCGUGACAUGAUACCAAUCAGCCACCAUAGUUUAUUUUUGUGCAGACGACGGGUAUCAAGCGAGGAAUAUUGCGCGCUAACAGCUGUGUUUAAUAUUAAUCGUAGCGUAUGAAUAUAACUACCAUCACCAGUAGUAUAACAUUUCACAUAACAGCAUCGAAUCCAUUCACAGUCUUUAGCAGCAGUAAAUUAUUUCUUAAGUAGUACAGUCACUUAACCCAUACCUGUGAUGAUGGCCUCCUGUUUAAUUUUGUGCAGACGACGACGUGGUUUAUAUUGCGCGCUAAUAGCUGUGUGUUUAAUAUCAACGUAUUUAUACUAUUAUAUAUACUACCAACAGAAGUAUAAAAUUUUACACGCAAGCAUCGAAUCCAUUCACAGAUUAGAGAAUGAUCAUGGAUGGAUUGUAAACACAAAUUACCAUACUCCAGAUGAACGUGCUACCAAGGUUAAUAUAUCCUCUACUCCAUGGAGUAUACUGUAUAUUGGUGAUAAAUUAAGCUCUGCGUGUAACUAUAGGACGGAUUCAUUAUGCAAAACAGUUUUAUUUUCUAUUCAAAGCGGUGCGACAUUUCUGUACCUUACGUCAAACUACGAAGUCAAUGACGUCGUACGAACUAUAGAGCAGAGGUUGAACGUUAAUCCAUAUGUGUGGAUUCUGAAACACAGCAGAAACCAAUCAAAUUCUCUGUCUUAUUUGCUCGGUUUGUUGGGCUUGAAAUAUCCACAGAGUAGUAAUGACAAAGAUCGGCCGAAAUACGAAUUAGGUUUGUGGAAAAGAGCUUCAAUUCAGAAAGUCAUCAAUCAAGGGGAGUUAACCGUAUCAUUAUCAAACAGAGGAAACCCUACAUUAUUUAACCUUGCGUCUUACAGAGAUGAAAGAGUGCCUCCAGUCGUUUUGUCUACAGCCCAAUCAGAACUAUUCAUUAAAGACAAUAUACUAUUUCAUUACGAUUCAUUCUGGGCACUUGGUGUUUUGGAAGAUAAUGAUCAUAUCUGGUCCUUGUGGUUACAGAGGUUGUUACAGGAAAUUGGUAGUUUCGUAUCUUUGGCAUAUGUUGAAAAGAGGAAUUCUAAUUCAUAUGUUUGCAAAUCCAAAUACAAUCACUCAAAUGAAAUGUUAACCAACGUAUUUAACCAAAUAGCAACAUGGACAUGUGACGAAGAUGACUUUUUCUCUUGUGUCGGAUCACUCAGUUUAUUCAUGAGCAAAAAUCAAUUUAUUACAUACGCGGAGUACACCGUCAUCAAGUCAUGGCUUAACGAUCUUCGUAAGAGUGGUUACAAAGCGCCGUCUAUGAGACAGAAACUGGCCAAUCAAAAGUCGUUAGAGCCGGUUCAUAAAGUUGUCUUUCGACCAGUAAUAAAUUCCUCGAAAUUACAAUAUAAUAUUCAUUUUGACGAUAUGUGUAGCACGAGUUUACCAAACUGUCCCUUUUCUGAUGUGGGUCCAAUUCGUUAUUGGGAUAAUAUUUUAUUAGUAAUUGUAUUCAAUACCGAUGGACACUAUCAUGUUAUCAGCCAUCUUGAAAGAAUGUACAGACGCUUUUUUAAAAAUAUAAUAUACUGUGGAACUAAUGUAGAUGCCAGUCUGUCCUCCCCAAUAUCAUUUAUUGAAAUGGGCGAUGAUUUUAACAAAGGUGAAUUCGGAUAUCAGUGUCUACAGAAUGCUAUGCGCAUGAACUAUGACGUAGAUGGGUAUUUACACUUGAGUGAUGACGUAUUAUUGAAUGUAUGGAGCAUGCACAACUUACCAACUGAUAAAAUGUGGUUUCAAAAAAGUAUGCGCGUUGCAAACUUGUCACAGCCUACAGUCCUCGAUGUUUGGAGAGAUAAAACAUGGUGGCCGUGGGAAUCGUCAAAAGGCAGAGUUCCCUUAAACAAAGCUGUUCAGCAUUUGCGCAAACUGGGUGAAACCGACGAAACCUCGCAAGCAUUCUUGAAACAAUUAGCAUUGAAUUCUGGCAGUGAAAAUACAGUGUUUUACGAAGUUUCUGACAUUUUUUAUAUUCCUCGCCGUCUAUCGAAAAAAUUUCGAUUCUUAGUGAACAUAUUUGAUGGAUACGGUGUGUAUCUAGAAAUUACUGUACCAAGUAUCAUAAAUGGCCUGGAUAAACAAGACAAUAUAGUUAGACUACGGGGUAGCUAUUUAUGGUAUGAGGAAAGGGUUUUAUAUAAGGAUACAUUUAAUCAUUCUGAUGUGUUCCUGCACCCGGUCAAACUAGCCCCAUGUCUUCUACAGGACGACUGUAAACGUUUCUUAUGUAAUAAUUAUCUAUCGUGCCUGUUUUAGUAAGCAAUUGAAUCCAGAGAGAAUAAAAACUCAUCGAAAAUGCUAUUUGAAAAUCUGAAAACACUCUGCUUUAGUGAACAUUUAUUAUUAUGUGAGACCCUUUAUUGACAUUUAUCGAGAAUUGUCCGAUAUUAGAAACGUGUUGGUUAUUGAUGUAUGUGUAGAUUUUUAUUUUUUGUUU